GAAAAAAUGGAGCUGACUGGAUCCGCGGAACCUCUUCACCGACAUUGCCGAGCCUGCGGCAAAUUCAUCUUCUGCAAGAAUCCGCGGAACCUCUUCACCGAACCUCACUGCAUACAGCUCCACCAGAUCGAGGCAAUAACGGGACUUUAUUUGCUGGAGGGUUCCGAGCUCGAUUUCCCCGUCUUCAUUUGCGGGCCUUGCGAGGUGUCGCUGCGGGAGGCUGUACGCUUUCGGGAAAGGAUCAUUCUUACCCAGAAGACACUGCAGAGCAGUCGCGGCGCUCUAGUGGAUGAAAUCGAAGAAGGAGGCGAUCUGCAGGAUGUGUCGGAGCAGCCCCUGAAGGACUCGGUCGAGCUAGAGGAAGUGGACCAGCAGGAGGUGCUUAACCUGGAAGAAAUCACACAAUAUGAGGUUACAGAAGAGCAGAUAUUUGAUGCAGUCGGGGAACUACCCCUUGAGGAGGCGGACAAGAAGGUAAUCCCGGAGGAGGCUAAGGAGAAGAAGCGGGAAAAACAGAGGGAAUCCGUGCCAUCAAAAGCCCCUCGCCAUCCCUACACAUCUGUGACCUUUGCGGACAACAGCGACGCCCGAAACCAGCCCCGCGUUCAAUGGGACAAGCUCACCGAGGAGGAAGUGGUCGCCUUGAAGCGAGAGCGCCGCAAAAGGGACUGUAUUUGUGAGCAGUGCGGUCGGCACUUCUCCUGUCCCAGCAACUUCAAGGUGCACCUGUUGCGCCACACCGGUCUGAAGAGCUUUGCCUGCACCGAGUGCCCCCAGAAGUUCUACACUGCCCAUCUGCUGAGACGGCACCAGGACAUGCAUUCCGGCGAGCGUCCGUAUCCCUGCCAGUUUUGCGAGAUGACGUUCGCCAAUACCAGCGUGCGAACGCGGCACGAGCGCAUUCGCCAUACAAAUAUCAAGCCCUUCAAGUGCACAGAAUGUGAUAAAAGCUUCGCCGUGAGCGGCAAACUCCGGGAGCACAUGCUCACGCAUACGGGCGAGCGAGCCUUUCACUGCGAACCCUGUAAAGCCUCGUUUGUCCGACGCUCGCAUCUCUUGGCCCACCUCCGUACCAAGGGCCAUGCCCAGAAUGCAAGUGUCCAGGACUCGGCCUCCAAGGCAAUGGAUCUCGACGUGGAGACGGUGCUGACCUCGUGUAUAGAUCAGACUUAGUGAUCCGGAGAAAGCUUUUAAAAUAAAUGAACAACAUUACAUUUUUUUAAAUUA